AUGGCGAGUAUGGUCACCGAGAACGGGUGUGGAGUGGCAGCGGAGACGGCACAGCCGCAGGGUCCGGGUCGGGGCGCGGUCAGAUGGGGCUCACAGCACGCCGGUGCCCGUGAACUGGCUAGCCUGUACUCGCCAGGCAAACGAUGUCAAGAAUGGAUCAGCGUCAUCCUCUGCUUCUCUCUCAUGGCCUUCAACUUAAUUCACCUUCUUGCCAAUUUCCAUCUGGGACAUGUGUGGUACAUACAGCUGGGCAUCGUGGCAGGAAUACUCACCGCUGACUUUGCGUCGGGACUCGUACACUGGGGGGCCGACACAUGGGGAUCAGUGGAUCUACCCAUCUUUGGAAAGGCGUUUAUUCGGCCGUUCAGAGAGCACCACAUCGACCCCACAGCCAUCACCCGUCACGACUUCAUCGAGACAAACGGUGACAACUGCAUGCUGACCAUCGUCCCUCUCGCAAACAUGGCCUUCAACUUUCUCACGCUGUCCCCUGCGGAGAUUUACCACAUCUACCCGUGGUACUGCUACUUGUACGCGCUGUCCAUCUUUGUGACGCUCACCAACCAGAUCCACAAGUGGUCGCACACGUACUUCGGCCUUCCUCGCUGGGUGGUGCUCCUGCAGGACUGCCACAUCAUCCUUCCUCGCAAGCACCACCGCAUCCACCACGUCUCCCCUCAUGAGACGUAUUUCUGCAUCACCACAGGUUGGUUAAACUAUCCUCUGGAGUGGCUCGGUUUCUGGAGAACCUUGGAGGAUCUCAUCCAGGGCGUGACGGGAGAGAAACCCAGAGCGGACGACUUAAAAUGGGCUAAGAAAGUGAAAUAACUCUGAAGGCUAACUGCAUCCUACCUCAGCAACCUCUGGCUCUGCCCAGGCUUCUCGUCGUGUUUUCUCACCUCACUGAAAAACUGCAGCUCACAGGAUGAACGGCUAACCGUUUCUGAUGCCAUAGCUUUAAGUCUUGCACAUUUUUUUUUCUUUUUCCUCUUUCACCAAGCGAGGGCUGUUUCUGGGAUUUUAUUUCAUAGCUUUUUUACACAGAUACAUUAUCUAAACUGCAAUAUGCUAUAAGCUUUUUAUUCACAGGUCAUCGUUUUUUUUUUUUUAAGUUUUUGCAAAUAAUGUAUCACUUUCCAAAGGAGGUGAGACUAUUACUCUGAUCUGAACCAGCGCUGUGGAGGAUGAUCACACGCCCGAUCAGGAGAGCCUGUAGCCACAUUUUUACUCGUCACCGCUUUAUUUUCUGUUGAACGAAGAAGCUCUAAAGAAUCGAAUUUGAUCUGAACGUUCUAGAAUCAGUCAGUUAUGUAGGAUCUCUCUGGAGGCGUUACCAUUGUUGAUAGCUUGUGAUCAAAUUUCAAGUAACUGUUACAUUUGCUCUCUACUUGCACAUUUGGGUUUGGCUCUGCACACUUUUUGAUAGUUUUAUAGGAUAAGUGGAAACAGUGAGGCAGAAAUGUGUUUUUUGUUUUUUUAUGUCAACAAUUAUGAAAUUUCUUUCUUUCUAAAGCAUAGCCAUAUUUAUUAGUAGUUUAAUAAAUGGAUGAAUCUGUUAUAGCAGGAGAACCAGUGAGCUACUAAGUAAUCUAAAUGAGUCUGAAACUGACAGCUGCUCUCUCACUUCCUUAUUGGUAGCUUUGCCUGUUAGUUACUUUAUACACGCAGCUUUAAUAGCUGCACUUACAUUAUCGACGUCUUUACUGAUCUAAGGACUGUGGGAUUUUUUUUUUUUUUUUUGCUUCAUUUUUUCCACUUUCAAAGUGAACCAGAGCAAAAUGCCUCCGGCUGAUGAAGGGGACAUCAGAAAUAUUACACACAGACUUCAAUCUGUAGAAUAAAGAUUCAUGCUCUGGAGAGGAAUACCAAGAACGACCCUGGUUCAGCUCAAUGAAUAACUCAAAACAAUGACCAGCUCAGUGUUGCACAAAGACUCCAGUCAGUAGAAAUGAAGAUUCAGCAGCUGGAAUGGAAAUGAAGCAACUCUUCCUCAAAACAAACAAAGAGUUUGCAUAAACCUCACCCAGGAACUG